CAAGUUGCACGCCUUUGGCUUAAGCCCUUUGGCUGGCCUUUGCACAGGCCAGGCGUUUUUCGGGGCCAAUGGAGGCCGAGACCCCAGGGCCCGAUCGGGCUCGGAACAAGAGCGUCGAUGAAGAGAUCCAGGAAGCGCUGGAGUCGAUCUUGUCCAAGAAGAAUUUGGUCAAAGACCAGUUCUUGGCCAGCAAGAUGAACCCUCAGAUGUACAUCCCCAUCUCCGUGUUGCUGCUUCACCCACGGCUUCAAGCCCUUGCGGCGACGCCAGAGCAGGUGGUGGCCGCCGCGGCCAAGUCCAAGCGCUUGGGCGUGGAUGACCAGAAGUCCAUGGUCCGGCCAGUGCUGAAGUCCAAGCGGAAUGUGGUCAUCCUUCGGGACCUGCCAGAUGAUUCCACCGAGGCGGAGAUCAUGGCGCUGCUGCGCAGCGGGCCUUACGGCGAGAACGUGGUGAGCGUAAAGCCGGAGGUGAACAACACCUGGUUCCUGAAGUUCAACGUGGACGACGGGGCACAGGACGUGGUUUUGUGGCUGCGGUCCCAAAGCUUCAAGGGGAAGCCGGUGAAUGCCGCCAUCAAGUCCGAGCACUUCUUGCGGAGCUUCUUCCCGGUGAACCAGAGCAUGGGCUUUAUGCCUCCGGGGCUGCCUCCCAUGGACGAGGGCCCGGGCUUCGGCGGCAAGGGCGGCUUCGACCUGAUGCCGCCCCCCGGCAUGCAGUCCAUGGGCAUGGGACCAGAGGCGCCGAUGAUGGAGUCUUUGCCCAUGCAGUUUGGGCUGCAAUGCCCAGGCUUCUGGAAGCCUUGGGGUUCCCGACACAGACCGGCGCCCUUGGACAUCAGCGAGGAGCCGGUCGGAAAGGGAAAGAGCAAGGGCAAAGAGGAGGGGAAGGGCAAAGGAAAGGGGAAAGUUGCGAAGUCCGGCAAGUGGAACAGCCCGGAGGAGCCGCCAGGCUACAGGGCUAAGGGACGGAUGGCCUGGCACGAGGAGCCCAACGUCUGGGAGGUUUCUCGCGACCAGG